AUGGAUAAUUCCCUCACAACAAGGUCUCGCAAUAAAUUUUGGUUUGUUUUCUUUUUUUUGUUUGUUUCUUGGUACUUAUUGCUUUAUGGAAUUGAUUGGUCUUCUUUACAUGGUAUUGUAACAACGUCACAAUACGAAGUGAAUUCAAUUGAAUCCUUUCGUCCAACUUCUAUUCCUCUGCCUCCACCUCAUGUUGAUGUUAGCUCCAAUUUCAAUUCUACAAGUGAUGAUAAUGCCACCAACGAGACACGAUCCAAGGAGGAAGAAUCGUUGUCUAAUGAAAAUGAUAAUGCGGUGGUACCUGAUUUGGAGGAACUCCAGAAAGAAUUGGAACUUUUUUUAAGAAAAAUCGAACCUCCAAAAGAAGAAAAGAAGUUUGAGAAAAAAAUCGAAAAAAAGGAUGAUAACAGGGGAGGAAAAUGUGCAGGACGACAUAUAUAUGUUGCAGAAAUACCUAGUAAGUUCAAUGAAAUUAUGUUGAAGGAAUGUAAAUUGUUGAAUAAAUGGGAAGAUAUGUGUCAAUAUUUGGUGAAUAUGGGGCUUGGUCCUGAUCUUGGAAACCCACAAAGGAUUUUUUCGAACAAAGGUUGGUAUACUACAAAUCAAUUUUCGUUAGAAGUCCUGUUUCAUAACAGAAUGAAACAGUACGAUUGUCUAACGAAUGAUUCAUCUGAAGCAUCAGCAGUUUUCGUGCCAUACUAUUCAGGGUUCGAUGUUGCUAGAUACUUAUGGGAUGAUUUCAACACAUCAAUAAGGGAUGCAAGUGCAAUUGAGGUCGCGAAAUUUCUUAGAGAAAAACCCGAAUGGGAGACAAUGUGGGGAAGAGAUCAUUUCAUGAUUGCUGGUAGAAUUACUUGGGAUUUUAGGAGAGGUAUUGAGGAAGAUGCAGCUUGGGGGAACAAGUUAAUGUUGUUACCUGAGGCACAGAACAUGACAAUCUUAACAAUCGAAUCGAGUCCUUGGAACAGGAAUGAUGUCGCCAUUCCAUAUCCAACGUAUUUCCAUCCUUCAAGUGACAGUGAUGUAGUCCAGUGGCAGAACAGGAUGGGGAGGUUAAGGAGGAAGGUGUUGUUUUCAUUCGCGGGUGCUCCACGUCCUCAACUUGAGGACUCAAUAAGAAGUGAAAUCAUGGAACAAUGCUCAGCCACGAGGCGAAAAUGCAAGCUAUUGGAGUGUAAGGACUUACACAACAAAUGCACCAAGCCUGUACAUGUAAUGAGGUUGUUUCAAAGUUCAAUCUUUUGCUUACAACCCUCAGGGGAUUCGUUCACUAGGAGGUCUACUUUCGAUUCAAUUUUGGCUGGUUGUAUCCCAGUGUUUUUCACUCCUGGAUCCGCGUAUGUCCAAUAUAUAUGGCACUUACCAAAAGAUUACACCAAAUACUCGGUGCUUAUUCCGGAAGAUGAUGUUAGGAAAAAGAAAGUGAGCAUUGAAAAUGUACUAUCUAAAAUACCAAAAUCACAAGUAGCAGCAAUGAGAGAGGAAGUGAUAAAGCUUAUACCAAAUGUAGUUUAUGCAGAUCCAAGAUCAAGAUUGGAGACAGUUAAAGAUGCAUUUGAUUUGGCAGUGAAAGGGGUUCUUGGAAGAGUGGAUGUAAUAAGAAAAGAGAUGAGACAAGGCAAGAAUUCAAGUAUGGUGUUUGAUGAAGAAUAUAGCUGGAAGUAUCAUACUUUUGGGACAUUAGAAAAGCAUGAGUGGGAUAAUUUCUUUUUGAGAACCAACAAAGAGAAGUACUAA